AUGUCUGGCUCCUACGAUGAAUGUGCAGGUGUGGACGACACCAUGGACAGCUUCUGGGAGGUGGGGAACUACAAACGUGCUGUCAAGAGAUUUGACGACGGCCAUCGGCUCUGCAAUGACCUCAUGGGCUGCCUGCAGGAGCGGGCCAAGAUAGAGAAAGCCUACGGUGAUCAGCUGACGGCCUGGUCCAAGAGAUGGAGACAGCUCAUCGAGAAAGGUCCCCAGUACGGCUCGGUGGAGAGAGCCUGGCUGGGCGUGAUGACCGAGGCCGAGAAGGUGAGUGAGAUGCACCAAGACGUGAAGAACAACCUGGUGAACGACGACGUGGAGAGAGUGAAGAACUGGCAGAAGGAGGCGUACCACAAGCAAAUCAUCGGAGGAUUCAAAGAGGCCAAGGAGGCGGAGGAGGGAUUCAAGAAGGCUCAGAAACCGUGGGCCAAAAAGCACAAGGAGCUGGAGACGGCUAAGAAAGGAUACCACAUGGCCUGCAAGGAGGAGAAGCUGGCUGCUACCCGAGAGGCCAACGGCAAGCUGGAGGCGUCGGUCACGCCGGACCAGCAGAAGAAGCUCCACGAGAAAGUAGACAAAUGCCACCAGGAUAUGCUUAAGGCUAAAGAAAAGUAUGAGAAGUCUCUGGAGGAGCUGAACAAGUGCACCCCUCAGUACAUGGAGUGCAUGGAGCAGGUGUUUGACCAGUGCCAGCAGCAUGAAGUCAAGAGGCUGACCUUCCUGAAGGAGGCGCUGCUGGACAUCAAACGCCACCUCAACCUCACCGAGAACCAAAGCUAUGGCAAUAUAUACAGAGAACUGGAGCGCACCAUCCUGGGUGCAAACACACAAGAGGACCUGAAGUGGUUCAGCACCAACCACGGCCCUGAGAUGCAUAUGAACUGGCCUGUGUUCGAGGAAUACAACCCAGACCAGGCCAGUGCUCCUCCAAAGAAGAAGAAACCAGACGGAGCCCCACCCACUCCCAGCACUGACCAUGUGGCUCCACCUGGUGAUCGCAGCAGUGUGAGCAGCUAUGAAAAGAAUCAAGCUGUCUCGACUGAAUGGUCUGACGACGAGCAGCCCGCUGGCUACUCCGGCAACGAGAACGGUGGGAACGGUGGGAAUGGAGCGAACAGUGGGAACGGUGGGAACGGGAAUUCGUUCGAAGAAGACUCCAGCAUCGGCAAAGGCGUCCGUGUACGCGCCCUCUAUGACUACGACGGCCAGGAGCAGGACGAGCUCACCUUCAAAGCAGGUGACGAGCUGAACAAGACCGAGGACGAGGACGAGCAGGGCUGGUGUAGAGGUCGUUUGGACAACGGCCGAGAGGGACUGUACCCGGCCAAUUACGUCGAGCCAAUCUAG